GCGCGCCCUCGAAAAGGCGGGGCAAAGCAGGAGGGCAGGGCAGGACAGGGCAGGGCAGGGCAGGUCCGUUCGGCUCAGUCCUCGCGGGGUUCCUGUCACCGGACACGCCGUUUUCACUCUCCUUUCCUUUUCCUGACCGGCUGUCAGUUUGAAUUACCAACGUCGCACUCCUAUUGGGGGGGAUCCGGGACACGCCCUCUUCUCCCAUUGGAAGAUUCUGAACACGCCUUCUGGUGAAAAAUCUGAGUGGAGGAGAACCUUGUCCAGCCCGCCCCGGCAACGGUGUCUGUUCGAUCCUGCUUGCCAGUUGGAAGAAUUUAGCUACACCUACUAUUUUGAUUGGUGAACUUCAAGGAGGUUUAGGCAAGUCUUCGCUUUCGUCCCAGUGAAAAGGAAAGAGUACGCCCUCCGACCUUCCAAUUGGAAGACGUUAGACAUUCCCCUCAGAUUCUUAUUCUCUAUUGGAGAAAAUUCCCCGCAACGCCUCGCCCCCUUGUCACGAUCCAAUUGGUUCUGUAGGUCCUUUCGAGUUCGCGUGUGGUUGUUGAGCAUCUUGUUUCCACCUCCCUAAAUUUUUUUUUUUUAACUUUAGUUGGACAGAGGGGUGGGGCUCAUCUGGAGAGGUGGGGCUCAUCACAAGAGUCCGCCUUUGCACGAUAGGCCACACCCUUUGAUUGCUCUAGCCCAACCUUCCUCCUGGGUUGGUGUGGAGAGGCGGGAGCAGACUUUUUUUUAGUGGCUCCGGAGUCCGUCAGUCUCGAGGCGGUGGUCAAUGAUUGGCGAACCGGAGGGUUGGCUCUUCGACAUCACUCCGUAGAGCGGGCGGAGGCUCUUGAAGGGGAUGGGGGAAAGAGGGAAGCUAGCUGCAAAGUAGCGGGUGGAUGGGCGGGAACUGAACAGGGAAAGCGUUCCCGGGGCCGGGGGACCCAGCCGCGCCGGAGCCAGGUAAAGGCUCCUUCCUUCUCCCCUUUCUUCCUCCUGGAUUCCAGGAGGGAACCGGGGACUGGGGCGGGAAGGAGAGAGCGGCAUCCACUGUCCGUUUGGCUUCUCCGCCAUCCCAUUGCCCGGCAACCGGCGGUUCAGGCUCAGGGAGACCCUUCCCAAAUCCCUUGUGCACAGCCCCUUGCCCUCCCCUGGCCAGCGUCCGCCGUAGCACCCCCGGCGCGGCUCCCUAAGCGUUUUCCGACCUCCAUCGGCACUUGACAACCCCCCAGGCCAGCAGAGCAGCUCCCACCGCUCCCGGGAAGGGAGCUGAUUAAUUACCCACUGCCUCCCGAGCCCGGCAGGCGGCAUCGUCUGUCCGUCCGUGCACGCACGGGGCCGGCACCUCGUGCCUUGCUCUCCCCAGCGCGCUCCCGGGGAUUGCGCCCAGGCUGCAGCCACUUCCCUCCCUCGGUUCAGCCCUCUAACUUGCAACACCUUGUUGCCCGGCCUCGUCCAACCCUCCGAGAUCUGGCAGUGCUCGCCCCAGGAGCGCGCCCCUCCCGAGAGAUCAGCCCCUACCCCUCUCCGGCCAAGUGGAGGAGCCCACCUCACUCCCCUCCAUCCAUUCCCCACCCCCCCUUCCUGCUUCCCGGAGCCACGCCAUCCCUCCUCCCUCCUUGCAUCCGUCCCCUCCUCCUUUCCUCCCGCUGUCCUUUCCUUCGAUCGCGGGAAGGGGGAGACACAGGCGGGCUCCUCUCGCGCUGCAGGAAGGGCAGGAAGGAGAGGGGCGUCCGAGGGUCUGCCUGCCUGCACGCCCGGAGCCCGCUAUGCGCCCCGGCUCGCGCUGGAGCCGGCUCGCGUCUCCACAAGCCUUCCUUCUGUGGGGCACCGUUAGGGGGCAAGUGAACCGAAGAAAACGACUUCCGAUCCUGCAUUGCUGCUGCUCCCAUUUGGGAUUUGAUUUGCAUCAUCUCAGGAGCCCGUAAAACAAAACAGAAAAAGAAGCAACCCUCCAGUCCCCGCGCGCACACACACACACACACACACAGACACACACGCCCAGAUACGCACCGACACUGACACAGUCAGGCGCACACAGCCCCACACCCCCACACCAUGUUGUUGUGCGGAAGGACUUCCACUCCCUGCCUGUGCGGUUGAUGUCAGUCCCCAGGACAGCCUCCCGGCGCUGCGGCUCCCCUGGCUGAUGCUGAUGCUGCGGCUCCGGGCUCCACUCUAGGAAACAGAAGCCGCUGCUCCGCCCCGGCCCCCACCGCCCCCAACAUCUGCAUGUUCCCGCCGCGCUGGCCGCUCGCUGCCUCCCCAGCCGGCCGCCUUCCGACGGACUGAGGCGCCCCGGGGCGCUGGAUUCUGCCGGGAGACCCUUCGACCCUCGCCGGAGGAAAUCUUGGGGAUUUUAAUUUGAGUGGUCCGUUUUUUUUUUUUUUUUUUUUUUCUUCGGGUGGAUCUAUCCAUUCCGGAGCUGAAUUAAGAAGGAAACAUGACGUCUCCAGCUAAAUUCAAAAAGGAUAAGGAGAUCAUAGCAGAAUACGAUACUCAGGUCAAAGAGAUCCGUGCCCAGCUCACGGAACAGAUGAAAUGCUUAGACCAACAGUGUGAGCUACGAGUACAGCUGUUGCAGGAUCUUCAGGACUUCUUCCGAAAGAAGGCUGAAAUUGAGAUGGACUACUCCCGAAACUUGGAGAAGCUGGCAGAGCGUUUCCUGGCCAACCGGAGCACCAAGGACCAGCAGUUCAAGAAGGAUCAGAACGUGCUCUCACCAGUUAACUGCUGGAACCUCCUCUUGAACCAAGUGAAACGAGAGAGCAGGGAUCACACCACGCUGAGCGACAUAUAUCUGAAUAACAUCAUCCCUCGCUUUGUUCAAGUCAGUGAAGACUCUGGAAGGCUCUUUAAAAAGAGCAAAGAAGUCGGCCAGCAGCUCCAGGAUGAUUUGAUGAAGGUCUUGAAUGAGCUGUAUUCGGUGAUGAAGACGUAUCACAUGUACAAUGCUGACAGCAUCAGUGCCCAGAGUAAGCUGAAAGAGGCAGAAAAGCAGGAAGAGAAGCAGAUCGGCAAAUCAGUGAAGCAGGAGGACCGCCAGACGCCUCGAUCCCCAGACUCCACCUCCAACGUUCGCAUUGAGGAGAAGCAUGUCCGCAGGAGCUCCGUCAAGAAGAUUGAGAAGAUGAAGGAGAAGCGCCAAGCCAAGUACACGGAGAAUAAGCUGAAGGCCAUUAAAGCCCGGAAUGAGUACUUGCUGGCUCUGGAGGCGACCAACGCAUCUGUCUUCAAGUACUACAUCCACGACCUCUCCGACCUCAUUGAUCAGUGUUGUGACCUAGGAUAUCACGCCAGCCUGAACCGGGCCCUGCGCACUUUCCUGUCAGCCGAGCUCAAUCUGGAGCAGUCAAAGCACGAGGGCCUGGACGCCAUUGAAAAUGCCGUCGAAAACUUAGAUGCUACCAGCGAUAAACAGCGACUGAUGGAGAUGUACAACAAUGUCUUCUGCCCGCCUAUGAAGUUUGAGUUCCAGCCCCACAUGGGCGAUAUGGCCUCCCAGCUGUGUGCCCAGCAGCCGGUCCAGAGCGAGCUGGUGCAGAGGUGCCAGCAGCUGCAGUCGCGGUUGUCCACUCUCAAGAUCGAGAACGAAGAGGUGAAGAAGACGAUGGAAGCCACUCUACAGACCAUUCAAGACAUCGUGACCAUUGAGGACUUCGAUGUGUCUGACUGCUUCCAGUACAGCAACUCCAUGGAGUCUGUCAAGUCUACUGUCUCAGAAACCUUCAUGAGCAAGCCCAGCAUUGCCAAGAGGAGGGCCAACCAGCAGGAGACGGAGCAGUUCUACUUCACGAAAAUGAAGGAGUAUUUGGAGGGCCGGAACCUCAUCACCAAGCUUCAGGCCAAGCACGACCUCCUCCAGAAGACCCUGGGAGAAAGUCAGCGGACAGACUGCUCUCUGGCCAGCCGACGGAGCUCGACAAUAAGGAAACAGGACUCAAGUCAAGCGAUUCCUCUUGUGGUGGAGAGCUGCAUCCGCUUCAUCAGCAGACAUGGGCUGCAACAUGAAGGCAUAUUCCGGGUCUCUGGCUCCCAAGUGGAGGUGAACGACAUCAAAAACGCCUUUGAGAGAGGAGAGGACCCGCUGGCCGGAGACCAGAAUGACCACGACAUGGAUUCCAUAGCAGGUGUCCUGAAGCUUUAUUUCCGGGGGCUGGAACACCCCCUCUUCCCCAAGGACAUCUUCCCCGACUUGAUGUCCUGUGUUAGUAUGGAUAAUCUUCAGGAGAGAGCGCUGCACAUCCGGAAGGUCCUCCUGGUCCUGCCCCAGACAACGCUGGUCAUCAUGAGAUACCUCUUCGCCUUCCUCAGUCAUUUAUCACAGUUCAGUGAAGAGAACAUGAUGGAUCCCUACAACCUCGCCAUCUGCUUUGGGCCCACGCUGAUGUCGGUGCCCGAAGGCCACGACCAGGUCUCCUGCCAGGCCCAUGUGAACGAGCUCAUCAAAACCAUCAUCAUCCAGCAUGAGAACAUCUUCCCGAGCCCCAGGGAGCUGGAGGGCCCCGUCUACAGCACAGGAGGAAGCAUGGAGGAUUAUUGUGAAAGCCCCCACGGGGAGACUACCUCAGCUGAAGACUCGGCCCAGGACAUCGCUGUGGACCACCACACCAGUGACGAUGAGUGUGAGCCCAUUGAGGCCAUUGCUAAGUUUGACUACAUUGGCCGGACAGCCCGGGAACUGUCCUUCAAGAAGGGGGCCUCCUUGCUGCUGUACCACAGGGCUUCUGAUGACUGGUGGGAGGGCCGACACAAUGGCAUCGACGGACUCAUCCCUCAUCAGUACAUCGUGGUCCAAGACACCGAGGAUGGUGUCGCAGAGAGGUCCAGCCCCAAGUCUGAGAUUGAGGUCAUGUGUGAGCCACCUGAAGAAAAGGUGACCGCCAGAGCGGGGGCCAGCUGUCCCAGUGGGGGUCAUGUGGCCGAUAUUUAUCUGGCAAACAUCAACAAGCAAAGGAAGCGGCCGGAAUCUGGGAACAUCAGGAAAGCCUUCCGGCAGAGUGAAGGCCAUGGACUAAGCAGCCCCCUCCUGGACUCCUCCCCAGGGCGCCCCUCCUCCCAACCUGUUAUCAGCCAGAGCCUGCCCAAGGAGGGGCCUGAUAAGUGUUCCGCCAGCGCACAUGGGGGUCUCAACUCUAUCAGCCGACACUCCUCUCUGAAGAAUCGGCUCGACAGUCCCCAGAUCCGGAAGACGGUGACAGCCGGGAGGUCCAAGAGCUUCAACAACCAUCGGCCCAUGGACCCCGAGGUUAUUGCACAGGAUAUCGAGGCCACAAUGAAUUCCGCCCUGAACGAACUCCGAGAGCUCGAGCGGCAAAGCAACGUGAAGCACACGCCCGAUGUGGUGCUGGAUACCCUGGAGCCCCUCAAGACCUCCCCGGUGGUGGCGCCCACUUCAGAACCCUCUAGCCCUCUGCACACCCAGCUCCUCAAGGACCCCGAGCCCGCCUUCCAGCGCAGCGCCAGCACGGCUGGGGACAUCCCCUGCGCCUUCCGGCCCGUCAAGUCGGUCAAGAUGGCCGUCCCGGUCAAGCCGCCAGCCACGCGACCCAAGCCGGUGGUCUUCCCCAAAACCAGUGCCACCAGCCCCGGCGUCAGCUCUUCCGCCUCCCCACAGCCCACCGACAAGUCUUGUACGGUCUGAUGGACACCAUUUGGUUGUUCCACACAAGGGGACUUGAGGAGACUGUUAUUGAAAUCUUCCUAUUUAACUAGCUUGGGGACUUCAGCUGAAAAUUAGAUUCUAAGUUAUUCCUGCAGGAAUAGACUUCCCAGCAGCCCGAACCCUUGAGAAUGAAGCUCUCCCUGUCUCCUUCCCUGCCCCCCCUCCCCAUCCCCCUUCCUUAGCUUCCCUCGGUCAGUCAUAAUCCAGCCAGCUACAGUAUAUACCAGUCUUAGGCAAUAGCCAGAAAUAGAUCUUUCCAUUAUCAGGUCACUGUGAAAUCUGGCGAGGCAAAUGGGAAAACGGGACUCGAAUCUGUCCUCCUCCAGUCACCGAGGAUGCCUUGCCGCAGUGGUUGGCUGCUGGGCGUCCCCUCUCAGCGGCACCAUGCUUGGGUACUGGUUAACAUGAGUUCUCUAGUCUCUGCUUCGUCUCUCACUCCCCGUGCCGACAGCUGUAGGGCGCGUAGUCUCUGGCACGUGUGGGCGCUCCUGGUUCCGGGACCGCGGCUGUGUCCUGGCAAGUUAGCGUGGCAGCGCACACAGUGAGCACCAGGGUCUGCCUGUUUCCGUUACAAACCCUAUUUUGUCUGGGACAGGAGAACUCAGCCAUAGAAAUCUCUCUCAGUAAAUGAAACUUAAAUCAGGAUGGGACUCAAGCGCAGCGCUCCAUGUGGGCUUGGGGGAAUUCUCUCUUCGCUCUUUUUACUUGGUGGUUUGGUUGGUUGGUGUUUACAUUUACCCCUUCAUCCUCUGUAACUGCAGCCAAACUCUCUGUUAGGUCAUUCUCCCUUGUAAAAUUUACCUGAAUGAUACAUCCACGUUAGAUGGGAGAAGGGGCAUCCUACUUCCACUUUCCACACUAGAAGGAACCCCACUGAAGACGGUUUCAGUGAGUGGGCCUGUGAAAAUUAUUGUUAGAGAGUUUCAUCAUAUUCAGGACAGGUUUGGGAAAGGUAGCUGCUGGGUUGUAGCUCUUACUCCUUUUGGACACAUAAUACUUGAGACUUAUUAUCCUGAAGUCAGUUGGCAGUCAAGCGGUCACAUUCCAAAAAAUCCAGUGAAGUUAUAAAAUAGAAUUGGUCCCUAGAAGAAAAGUGGCUCAGAUCCUGCUUGUCAAUGACCACUCACUGACCUUCAGUCUGUAUCUCCUGGCUUUGAUUAUUACCCAGUGACUCUCACUGGAAUAGAUGGGAGGGCUCGGUGAGACUGUGGAAAUGUCAAAAGCCACCCGUUGCCAAGUCUGUCUUGGUUAUAUUUUGAUUCCAUAAACCAAGAAGUCUCCCUGAGUUUGAAAUCUGAGUUUGCUAUCAGCAGCUGAGAAGGUUAAUUGAACCUGUGAAUAAGGUACGGGCUGAUGGGCUAACAGUUUCCUUCCUGUUGAUGCUCUCUGGCCCUUCUCUGCUGCCAAUACAAAAGGUUAAGGUGAUUUCCCCAUCUGCUUUAAGCCAGUCUUCCAAAUUCUAGGGUGAAAAACCAAGUGACUUAGAGCUCUUAGGUCUCAGAUAAAGUUCUUAGUUAAAGCUGAAAUCCAUGUGUCUUACCUUAGAACCACAGAAACCAUGUUUUCUGAUUUGGAAUCUUAUUCCUUACCUGAUAACUAUUCUGUGAUUUAAGAGAGAUAUAUAAUAAUUGCCUUUUGGGAGGGAAACCUAAAUGUCCCCCCCCCAUCUUUGGCUCAAAACAACCUAAAUCACUUUUUUUUCCUCCUUUAAAUGAUUUGAAGUCAGAUCCAUCAAAGGUAGCAUUCCUUUAUUCUGCAUAAAGAAAUGAACUUUGGGAGGAGGCACUUAGCAGAAAAAAGCUUUGGAACAUGGAGGGCAAAGGCCCCAAGAGACAGAAAGGGAGACCCAGUGGAUUCCUUUGGUGACCUGACCAAACCUGGAAGAAGUGACUUAGACCCACAGGCCUUGUUGAGCAGUCAACUGCCGGGUUUAGUAACUCACAGAGAGGAUGAAAUUCGUUCUCAGUCCUGAGCCUCCAGUGGAUGCCACCCCUAGGGAUCUUUUUCCCUUGGGGCAAGGAGAGCCUCAUUCUUCACUCUACAUUCCUUAGGUGACAGCUGGGAGAUCAUUCUCACCCCAUCUGAGUUGGAAUCCACACCUUCCAUUUUCCUCUCACCCUCCCCAGCUUCAGGAAAUGGUGGGGAAGCUUUCUCAAAACACCGUCUUUGGCUCUGUUCUGUUACUUCCGGCCUUUCCUUUUCGGGUCCUCGACAUCCCUUCCAUUCCCUAUCCCACCCAGCCAACACCCAUCAGCUGAUUGGCACCGUGAGCUGAGCAGUGUGUGAAAGAGAACCUGCAGUUCAAAGGCUUAGCCCCCUACGCCCUUGGGCAAUGGGGGGUGGACUCGUCUUCCUCCUCUCAGGUGCUCCUAGCACGGGGAGAUCGCUGGUCCUGCCAAGGGGACUUGGAGAGCCCGCCUAGGCAGGGCCCAGUGCAAUCAACUGGAAUGGAGGUGACACACUGUGAUUUUUACACCAACCUGGGAGCCAGCAACCCAAGGGACGCUGCAGAGAGAACCCUCUGCCAGUGUCCCGGCCCAAACCAGCGGAACACCCUGGAGAGAACCCCACCCUGCCUCUGUGGUGUGAGUUGUGGACCUGGAGGGGAGGGACAGGAAUUCAUCUUGGAGGAGAGGUUCUUGAACAGGGGCCUGCACCCUGCCCAGAAGAAAAAAGAACAAUGAAUUAAUUACACCCAAUAGCCUGCUGGCCCAGCCCCCAUCCCCCAGGGAUGGGGCCGGCCAAGGGAUGGACAGACCACUUUGGAAGGGCUGGUAUAGAUGUACUUCCUAUUCAGAAGAGAUAUUAGAUCUUCCAGGGAAAUGCAAUGUUGUGGCGUAUGACUUGUAUGUAACGUUUGUGUAAAAUGGUAUAUUCUUUAAAACAAUUGUGUUGAUAACUGGAAUAAUGUAUGUAUGUAUGCUUGGAAAUGCUUUGUAUGAACAUAAGGCUGUCACUCAACAAAGGUUGGAUUGGGGAGAAUCCAAAGCACAACUUCAAAAUAAAAUACAUUUUUAGGUUA